AUUUAGUGGCAUCUUACAUUAUAGGAUUGGAGCGAAAUUGAAAAUAUAUUUUUUUGGUAACAAAAAAUGCCGCAAGAAAUUCGAGUUUUGCAGUGCAGUAGCAUUAGCUGCAACUGCUAUCAGGUGGACAUUGUAAAGAAGGCAAAUAAAUGGCAGUGUAAGAUUUGCGGCCUAAAACAGUCAGUGUUUAAGGAAAUAUUUCGCGGUAAUGGCGCUGAAUGCCGCGCCAAAGUCCAACAACUGAACCUGGAGCGGGGAAAAAGGCAGCAGGAGCGCGAUAUGAACGAUAUUGAUUUAUUGGUGGAAUUAGAAAAAGGAAUGGAUGACAUAAAAGAGCUGGUACCUGAAAAUAUAGGGACACAGAAGAAUGGGAAGCAAAGCAAAUGGUCAAAAUAUGUGGAUGAGAACAUCUUUGCUUCCAAUUCAAAGGAAUCCCCACUUGAAAAUAGUUAUAACAACGUCCAGUCACGUCAACAACAAUCUCUUAACAAGUGUUCCUUCCCACCAUCAACCCCAUCUGACCCACAAUUUGGAGCUAAGAGCAACUCCAAAUGGCAAAAUUAUUUGUAAUGGUUUCCGCGUAUAUAUUUGUGUAUUUGUAUAAGUUGUUAAAAUUUGUUUGAAACGUUACGCAGCGUAUAUAUAGAGAGCAAACGUUUCACUUCUAUAUGAUCGAUUACAGAGUUGUGUUGCAUAUUGGUUUGUAAUAAAAUUGGG